GUUAAUUCGUUGCUCCUACUAACGUCACACGGCGGCGAUGGUUGUACUCUCUGAAAUUCCCGGCGAUCCUAAUGAAGAUAAUCAAAACGAGAAUCCUCAAGAAGAAGUAGAGAAUCUUCCGAUUCUUCUACAACUUCCAGAAGAACUCAUCGCAAGCAUCGUCGCACUCAUCCCAAGAUGUCAUUACCCAUCGCUAUCCCUCGUCUCCAGAGCCUUUCGUCACUUAAUCACUUCGCAGGAGCUCUACGUAGCACGCUCGAACCUCGGCUUCACCGAACCGGUUCUUUAUGCCUUAAUCGGAUUCCAAGCGUAUACUCGCCCAAGCUGGUUCUUUCUUCGUCGGAGCAACUUCCCAUUACAAUUACACAGAAUCCGUUCACUUCCUCCAAUGUUAUCUGGUGCAGCUGUGGUCACAAUAGACUACAAGAUGUAUGUAAUGGGUGGUUGCAUCGGCUAUAAUCAUCCUGCAUCAUCGAAUGUAAUUGUCAUCGACUGCAGAUUCCAUACUUGGAAGUAUCUCCCGGAUAUGAAAAGGGCUCGUUGCCGUGCAGCCACCGGAAUAAUUGACGGAAGGAUUUAUGUGAUCGGAGGCUGCAAGAAACAAGAUGCUGAUUGGGUUGAAGUGUUUGAUGUGACGACUCAGAGUUGGGAAACUGUGCCUAGCGAAUGCCCUAACGAUGCUAAUGAGAAUGGAGAGUUUAUUACGUAUGUGGUGAUGCAGGGGAGGCUUUUCAUUUUGGAUCUUGAGUGUUGUUUUUCUUACGAACCAGUACAAGGUUUAUGGGAGUCAUGGGAUGAUGGAAGUGAGUUGAUGAGAUUUUGGCACUCGUCGUCGUCUUGUGUGGUUGGAGAUUUGUUGUAUGCACUUGAUCUUACGUGUGCUCUUGAACAUCCAAUAGUGGUAUAUUAUCCGAAUGAAUUGGUUUGGAGACCUGUGAUGGGUGUAGAUACUGCUCAUUUGCCUAUUCUCACUGAAUAUACGUCUACGUUGGCGAAUUUUGAUGGGAAGUUGGUGAUUUUGGGCGGGGGCGACUGUUCUGAGUCUUCUUCCGAAAUUUGGUGCGUAGAGAUUGCGUUGGAAACACGUCAAGGAGAUCAGAUUUGGGGGGUGGUUAAAUCAGUCUCGAUUGUGUCAAGGGACUUGCCGAUGAGGCAUGUCAUUGAGCUUUGUCGAACUGUUAUGGUUUGA